AUAUCACUUUGUUUCCGCUCUACUUAACGUGGGAAAUGUGUAGUGCAGAAUGACCAAGUGAGGAGAGUGAGUUGGAGAAAACCAAUUCUAAGAAAAAGGAAGGGGAAGAAGACGAAGAAUGAGGGUGGUUCUGACCGUGCUGGGUUAUGCUUUUUGUGUUGCUGGGUUCGUCCUGAGCGGAUCUGAACCUGGUUAUUUUGAGGAAUUCAAUGCCAGGGAGUUGGACAUAGAGAAAGAGAAAGAGGGUCUGCUUUCUUUCUUGGAGAAUCAUGCGGCAGCAGAAUCACCCUCCUCGCCAAAUCCCCCCAUGGUCCCCCUAACUCUUAUUCAGGGAGCUGCUUCUAAAGCAGCUGUUUGCUUGGAUGGGAGCCUGCCCGGUUAUCAUCUGCAUCGUGGUUACGGAUCUGGUGAAAACAGUUGGCUCAUUCAAUUAGAGGGAGGGGGAUGGUGUUAUACAAGAAGAAGCUGUGUUUACCGCAAAAAUACUCGCCGUGGUUCAUCGAAUUUUAUGGAAAAAGAAAUACCAUUCACGGGAAUAUUGAGCAAUAAAGCUGAAGAAAAUCCUGAUUUUUUCAACUGGAACAGAGUCAAGUUACGAUAUUGUGAUGGGGCAUCUUUCAGUGGGAAUGGUCAGGAUGAGGCUGCUCAACUCAAUUUUCGAGGACAGCAGAUUUGGUUAGCUGCUAUGGAAGAUUUAAUGUCCAAAGGAAUGAAGAAUGCUAACCAGGCUCUUCUUUCCGGAUGCUCUGCUGGGGGUCUAGCAUCCAUACUACACUGUGAUGAGUUUCGAGACUUGUUUCCAGGAACUACGAAAGUGAAAUGUCUAAGUGAUGCUGGAUUGUUCCUCGAUGCAGUUGAUGUGUCUGGAGGCCGCACUUUAAGGAAUAUGUUUGGAGGUGUGGUUAACUUACAGGAAGUUGAAAAGAAUCUGCCAAUGACUUGCAUCAACCACCUGGAUCCAACUUCGUGCUUCUUUCCUCAGAAUUUGAUUGCAAAUGUUAAGACACCAUUGUUUAUUCUUAAUGCAGCCUAUGAUUCAUGGCAGCUCCAAGCUAGCUUAGCUCCACGAUCGGCUGAUCCUCGUGGCCAUUGGAAUGACUGCAAAUUAAACCAUGCGCUUUGUAAUUCAUCACAGAUCCAGUUUCUCCAAGACUUUAGAAAUCAAAUGCUCGAUGCCAUUAGAGAUUUCUCGAGGUCCAGUCAAAAUGGAUUAUUCCUAAAUUCCUGUUUUGCCCAUUGCCAGUCUGAGAGGCAGGACACAUGGUUCGCUGAUGAUUCUCCUCUAAUCGCAAAUAAGGGGAUUGCAGAGUCUGUUGGAGACUGGUAUUUCGAUCGAGAGGAUGUGAAAGCUAUUGACUGUGCAUACCCCUGUGAUAACACCUGCCACAAUCUAGUUUUCAAGUGACUGCCAAAUUAGUUGAUUUCUGCUUGUAUGGCCUCCUUAUUUGUCCUGCUUUCCAUUGCCAAUUGUAAAAUUGCAACAUUUAUCGAUUCAAGUAACAAAGUCAUGCCUUGCUGAAGAGUGCAAAAACUAUAAGAGCUACUACAUUCUUGCUUAUGGUUUUUGGCAUACAUAUAUGAAUGAGAAUGUUGUUUAAGCAUAA